GGGUGUGGGGGCGAGGCGGCGACGAGGGCGGCGACACUCUCCUCCCCUCGGCUCCACGGCGUGGGACGGCGGGAACGUGGUUUCGGAGGGAUGUCCGCCUUCUCCGAGGCGGCGCUGGAGAAGAAGCUGUCCGAGUUGAGCAACUCGCAGCAGAGCGUGCAGACCCUGUCCCUGUGGCUCAUCCACCAUCGCAAACACUCGCGGCCCAUCGUCACGGUGUGGGAGCGGGAGCUGCGCAAAGCCAAACCCAACAGGAAGCUUACCUUUCUCUACCUGGCCAAUGACGUCAUUCAGAACAGCAAAAGGAAGGGACCAGAGUUCACAAAAGAUUUUGCACCGGUCAUAGUGGAGGCAUUCAAGCAUGUUUCAAGUGAAACUGAUGAAAGCUGUAAGAAGCACCUUGGAAGAGUGCUGUCUAUUUGGGAAGAACGCUCUGUUUAUGAGAACGAUGUAUUAGAACAACUUAAGCACGCACUGUAUGGAGAUAAGAAGACAAGGAAGAGGACCUAUGAGCAAAUAAAGGUGGAUGAGAAUGAAAAUUGCUCCUCUCUAGGGUCCCCAAGUGAACCACCACAGACUCUCGACCUUGUUAGAGCAUUACAAGAUUUAGAAAAUGCAGCCUCAGGUGACGCAGCAGUCCAUCAGAGGAUCGCUUCUUUGCCUGUUGAAGUUCAAGAAGUAUCCCUGCUUGAGAAAAUAACAGAUAAAGAAUCUGGAGAAAGGCUUUCUAAAAUGGUAGAGGAUGCUUGUAUGCUGCUGGCAGAUUAUAAUGGCAGACUGGCGGCAGAAAUAGAUGAUAGGAAGCAACUCACUCGAAUGUUAGCGGAUUUUCUUCGCUGUCAAAAGGAAGCCCUUGCAGAGAAAGAACAUAAAUUGGAAGAGUACAAGCGCAAGUUAGCGAGAGUUUCCUUGGUGCGCAAAGAACUCAGAGCCCGGAUCCAGAGCCUGCCAGAUUUAUCUCGAUUGCCCAAUGUUACUGGCAGUCACAUGCACCUGCCCUUUGCUGGAGACAUCUACAGUGAAGAUUGAUGGCCAGUGUCCUCCAGGGCCAGGACUUUGCCAGACAUGGAGACAGUAUCUAAUCACUGUACACUGUCUAAUUCCUAAUGAGAAGAACUGAUAAGGAGCUGGUGUGAGACUGUACUGUGGUGUCAUUAGGACUUGAUUAUAGAAGAGACUUUAAGUGUUUCAGCUUCACCUUUACCCUUGCCACCAAAUACUGGCUCUGUGUGUCCUCAUGUCUGCGUUUUAACACUAGACAUGGAUGCCACGUGGAGGGUCACACUAAAGCUGAGAGAACACUUCCCUGGCACAUAGUAAUUCCAUCCUAAAUGCCAGUCCAGAAUAAAAGGCCUGUUAAAUGGAGAUUCCCUUGAUUGAACUAUUUAGAACGAAGUGGUUUAAUGCUUUAAGAAUGUUGUAUGUUUUGAUGCCCUACCAAGGGGAUAGCUCCAGCUCUAAAGCUGACUGUUUCUGUCCGGUCAGUCUUUUUACAUCAUUGAUCCCGAUAAUAGAACACCAGCUGUGGGGAGUAAAGGAAACAUCAGACAGUGACAUGCUUGAUACCUCAUCCAUGGAACAUAACCAAUAGCGCUUAGCUCGAGGAGCUCAAGAACUCAGUAUCCAUAAUGUUCAGUUAAGUAGCCUGGAACAUUGUAUUUCCUUAAAGUUUGAAUGACUGUGUAUUUGGGAACUAAGCAAUGCUAUACUACAGGGUAGAUGUGGUGAGUUUUAUAUUUGUAUGUUUACAGAUGUAAAUACAGAGCAGGUGUCCCUUUACCUUUACUUGACCCCGUGUGUUAGAGCAGCUGCAUGCUCUUCAGUUCUCUUUAAGUUAAUUGUGAACCUGCAGGUUUGUAUUUGAUAACAACGGGGAGUGGAUGUAUUUUCCUCCUUUAUUGCUUUGCAUUUGUCAUUGUAAUCAGAGUCCAACUAAAUAGUUAAUAGAACACCUUUUAAAUUUCACAGGCAAAUUAUACUCACUUCUGAAUGGCGUCACUGUUUCUUUCCCAGUAUUAGAGGUUAUAGUUGAAGUGAAUUUACUUGGGAAGUAACAACAGGUAAUUCAUCUUUAGUAGCCAGUAGAUUGGGAAAUAGUGCUUUUAACAAUCUGACCUCUCUCCAAAACAGAAUUGUAUGAGUAGCAUCAUCCCAUGCCCUGCAUGUCCUGUCUCCCAGUGAUUUAGACAACUUUUGGGAGUUAGGACACAUUUCUUCACAGAACCUAUUGCAGUCUCUGUGCAUACCGCUGAAGCUCAUCUGGGAGCCAAAUCCACUAGACCACGGUGCACUUAACUUGUAACAUGGCUGAGGAGUGGAUAGCUCAUGGCACAUCCUGAGGUGCAUUUGUCUGUCACAGUAAGGGGUUUGUAUACAGCAGCCAGACCCUCACACCGGGGUGGGGGUGUCUGCCAGUGCUGCUGUCUUUUCCCUAGGUGUAGGGAUGGAAGAAAAGAGUCAGCAGAGGAGGGUGGACACAUGCACAUUACACACCCUGAGUAUGCCUGUUCUGAAAGUGUGCCAAGUAAGUUAGUUUUUGUUGUUGUUGAUGUUUUUGAAAGCAAAACUUUGGGUAUUAGCUCAUUUUCAGUAUCUUGAACUUAUUUAUGAUUUGCUGACAUGGUGAUUUAAUCCAUCUAAAAUAGACACUUUUCCAUUUAAAACUAAUUUAUAAAUGGUAUACUCUUGAAAAGAUACAAAAUCUUGUAGAAGUUUGCUGAAAUAUUUUCACCAUGAAGACAGACUUACUCUUUUGAUGCCAGUGCUGAUCUAAAUAUUUAUGAUAAAAUGUAUUAUUUUUUUAAAGAGCUUGAUGAGAUCUGUGAUAAAUGCUAGUUCUCAAAACCAGAGUCCCACAAACCUCAAGUUGUUGGUUAGCUCACUACCUGAACACAAACUGUACAGUUUGUCUUAGAAGUUCUCAGCCUUACAGCAGUUAACCUGGUUAGCAUUAGGAGAGUGUCUUCCUAAAGGAAGACUAAGCUUUCUCAGUGGGUGGAAGUUGGGGAGGCAGAGGCAGGAAGAUUUCUGUGAGUUUGAGGCCAGACUGUUCUAUAGAGUGAGAUUGAUGCCAUUAGAGUUACAUGUGAGACCCUGCCUUAAGAAAAGAGAAAAUGGGCUUAGGUGAAGGGUGUAAAAUACCAAAUUCUAAAUCAUGCACAUUUUCUCUAUCAUAUGCCUGAGGCAGUUAUGAGUGUGAGAGCAGCCUGGCCUGGUCCUCAGGGGAAAGCGUGUCACAUUUGUAGCAAGAUCCUGUGCUGUGAAUGGACACCAUUCCUCUUUUCUCCACAAACAGUGCAGAGAGCUGUCGGAGUGGCAAUUUGAGCAGAUUCCCCGGGGCUCCCUCUGCUCCUGCAACACUACAGUAAGUAAAACCACAGGGGGAGCUGGGAGCCUGGAAAUGAGCUGUGCGAGCUUUCCCUGAGGAAAAUCAUCUCACCUGCAGCUG